AUGCCAAAUAUAGUCUCUAUUAAUAUUAGUGGACGAAAAUUUGAACUUUCUGCAAUUUACUUUAAACAAUUUCCUACAACAUUAUUGGGAAAUCCAUUGAAAAUAAAUAAAUAUUUUGAUUUGAGUAAAAACGAAUAUUUUUUUGACCGACAUCGAGACAGUUUUGAAGGAAUUAUAUAUUAUUAUCAAAGUAAUGGGAAACUAAAAAAACCAGAAAAUGUCGACUUGGAUAUAUUCACAAAAGAAGUAGAAUUUUUUGAAAUUGAUCGUCGAUCGAUCGAAAAUAUGUAUGCUGAUGAAGGAAACUUUCCAUAUUAUGCUCCUAAAAAAAUAAAUAUUCCAGAAAAUAGUGUUUUGCGAUUUGUGUGGAUAGCUUUGAAGUUUCCUUAUUUAUCUAUGAGUGGGAAGAUUAUUAGAAUAUUUUCGAAUUUUGUAAUUUUACUUUCCAUUGCAAAUUUAUGUUUGCGUACUUACCCACAAAAUAGUAUAAGCAUAGAAAGUAUUUCCAAAAUUGAUUAUAUUUUUGCAAAUGAAGUUUUAUUUACAUCGUAUUUUACACUUGAAAUGAUUAUUCGUUUAUUUUUAUUUCAUACAAUCAUUUCCGAAUGUUUUUCUGGAAAAUUCAUAAUUGACAUUUUAAGCAUAUUACCAUUAUACAUACAAACCAUUUUUGAACUAAUAUAUGAGAAUGGAUUAAUCAAACACAGUAUACUUUAUUCCAUUAAUCAGAUUUGUCUAGUAAUUCAAAUAUUUCGAAUAUUCAAGUUUUCAAAUAAUUUGAUUUCUCUAGGAAUACUAAGGAAAACAAUGCUUUAUUCACUUGAAAGUCUGACACAAAUGUUACUUUAUUUUAUGGUUGCAAUUCUUUUUUAUUCGUCGUUAAUUUAUUAUGCGGAAUACACUAAUUCCAAUAGUGAGUUUGAUAGCAUUCCGGAUGCAUUUUGGUGGGCUAUUAUUACGUUGACAACUGUUGGCUAUGGAGAUAAGCGACCGUUAGGAAUUUAUGGAAAAAUGAUAGCAAGUCUGUGCUCUCUUUCUGGAAUAUUAAUUAUAUCAUUCCCAAUUCCAGUGAUAAUUUCUAAAUUUACAUUUUUUUAUGAGAAAAAAUCUAAAACGACAUCAGUACAGUGCAAAAAAUUGAAAGAGCUUCUUAAUAUCUAUUGA